GGCGAGCAUGCGCAGUGGCGGCCGGCGGACAGUGGGGAAGGUGACGGAUGUUGAAGUCGCCGGGCUCGGGCUCCCAGAGCGGCGGCUCCUUGGACCAGUGACUUUAUAAAGGAGCAUACUUGAAGAGGUACUAGCUGAAGAUGGGACCUCGACGAAAAAUUAUCAAAACAUGUUCAAAUUUGAAUAAAGUAGGAGAAGUUGUGAAGGAAGAUGAGCCAAGGGAUUAUAUGAAUCAUUUCUCGCAUGAAGUGCUGUGUCAUAUAUUCAGGUAUCUUCCCCUAAAAGAUAUCAUGUGUAUGGAAUGCUUGUCCCGGAAGUUGAAGGAGGCUGUUACAGUAUACAUGCGAGUAGUGAAGGUUGUUGAUUUGUGUGCUGGGUGCUGGUGGGAGUACAUGCCAUCAGGAUUCAUCGAUGCCAGUUUUUUAACAUUGUUAAAGAAAAUGCCUGAUUUAGAACAACUGUAUGGGUUGCAUCCUCGACAUUUAGAACGGCGGCGAGUAAGAGGGCACGAUGCAUUCAGCAUUCCAGGUGUUCUUGAAGCUUUACAGGCCUGUCCUAAUCUAUUAGGUGUAGAAACUUCCCAUUUAGAAUUAGUUGAAGCCAUCUGGAAUUACAUGCCACAGGUCCACAUCUUGGGAAAAUUUCGAAAUCGUAAUGGUGCUUUCCCAGUCCCUCCAGAAAAUAAAUUAACAAUUCCAGUAGGAGUGAAGAUACAAACUCUUCAUCUAGUUGGAGUAAAUGUUCCAGAAAUUCCUUGUAUCCCAAUGUUGAGAAACCUGUAUUUGCAGUGGGUGCGACUAAUCAAACCUCAGCCUUUCAAAGACUUUCUCUGUGUCAGUUUACGCACUUUUGUUAUGAGGAAUUGUGCAGGUCCCACGAAUUCCUUAAAGUAUGUUCCACUGGUGACUGGGUUAGCUUCAGCCAGGAACUUGGAACAUCUGGAACUGGUUCGCGUACCUUUUCUUGGAGGAUUGAUUCAACAUGUAGUUGAGGACAGCUCAAGAUCAGGUGGUUUCAGAAAUCUGCAUACUAUUGUAUUUGGAGCAUGCAAAAAUGCACUUGAAGUGGACCUUGGCUACCUCAUUAUUACUGCUGCACGUAGGUUACACGAAGUUCGCAUUCAACCUUCACUAACCAAAGAUGGUGUUUUCUCAGCACUAAAGAUGGCAGAGCUGGAAUUUCCCCAGUUUGAAACUCUACACCUUGGAUAUGUUGAUGAAUUUUUAUUGCAGUGUAAAAUGAACAAUGCCGAAUUAGUGAAGCACGGUUUGGCAGAUGUGGUAGAAAAUCCUGGUAUCAUUACAGAUAUUGGGAUGAAAGCAGUAAAUGAAGUAUUUCCAUGCAUCAAAUAUUUACUUAUUUAUAACUGUCCACAUCUCCACAAUGCACACAACUGGAUAACAGAUCAUUCAAGGUGGAGUCGCUUAGUGGAUCUUACACUUGUUCGUUGCCAUGCCAUUAAAUUGGAAUCAUUCAGUCAAUUUGUAGAAAUGUUACCAAGUUUGGAGUUUAUUUCAUUGGAUCAAAUGUUCCGGGAACCUCCAAAGGGCUGUGCUCGUGUAGGGUUGAGUGCUGGCACAGGAAUCGGUGUUUCUUCUGCUCUUGUUAGCAAUCAAAACUCCAACAAUGAUGAAAACCACCAAAAUAAUCAUGCUAAUAUCAAUAACAACAAUAAUGAGGAAAAUGAUGCCCAACAAGAGAGAGUAGCAGCCGACCUCCCGAACCCAGUGAAUGAACACGGACUUCAGGAGGCAGUAGAGGAUAGCAGGCCAGAUGGUGCUGAUUGUAAUUCUAACCAGAAUGGUGAACAGUCUGUGACUUCCAUGGAUGUUGAUGAAGAGCAAGCAGGACCAAGUGGACUGCAGCCAACUGUCAAAGUAAAUCCAGUAAUUGUACAUGAUUCAGAUAGUGAAGAUGACGAUGAAUAUAAUAUAGAUACUUCUGGGAAUUGGAAUGGACGUGAUGAUGGGGAUAAUUUUUCAGAUGAGGGGAGAAAAAGUGCACAUGUACUUUGUGAAGGAACUGGCAUUUGUGGUAAAGGCAAGGCCCCAUUACGGAAAAAAAGCCCAGUUAAUCAGUCCGGUUUGCCAAGACCAUCCCUAGUGGAUGAAAGCAGUUGCGAGAAAAGCUGUCAAGUGACCAGUGAACAAAUAAAAGCUGAUAUGAAAGCAGCCAGUGAUAUCCCAGAGAGGAAUAAAGGCAAAGAUGUUUCUUCCACAACUGGAAUUUGUUCUAGUCCAUCAGAAGCUGCCAACUCAAACAUUGUUACAUCUUCUCAGAGUAUGGAAUCUAAGGGGACAGACACUAUGAAUGGAGGCUGCAGACAUUAUAAUGCAACAUAUUCAUCACAAUUUGAUAGUGGAAUUCAUACCUGUUCAUGUUCUACACGUAGUAUUGGAGAUUCAUCUAAUAGCAAUGAGCAAAACUCAAGGAAUGGCUCGGUUCCUACUUGCUGCAUGUGCAGCACAACUCAGGUAAAUGAAAGGAGGACAUGUGGAUGCUCAGAGCCUGAAGAACCUUCCACAAGUAGGGCAUCUUCUGAGAAUUGUGACUUAAAGGGACGCUGUAAAACAGCUUCAACUGCAUCAGAAUCUUCACAGAGGAAAUCUUCAGUUUGCACCCAAGAACAACAGAAUAUUGAUAAUGGGAGGACUAAUGGUGAGUGUGGUGUUGCCAGAGACACAGAGAAUAUGAAUCAUCAUCCCAUGUGCUCCAAAGGAGCCCAGCAUGAAGACUAUCCACGUAGACCUGUGACAAGAUCGAGCAGCAAAUUUAGCCAGAUUCCAUUGAUCGCAGAGCCAGAUAUUUCUAAACCUAAGCCCAGGCAAACUGUCAAACGGAAACGAACUGCAGAUAAAUCCACAAGCACCAGUGAUCCCGUCAUUGAGGAUGAUCAUGUUCAGGUUCUUAAUCUGAAAUCCAAAAAUUUGGUUGGGAUUACACUUACUAAUUGCGGAAUUACAGAUUUACUGCUCAGAGAUUGUCCCAAGAUGAUGUUUAUCCAUGCUACGCGAUGCAGGGUACUGAAACAUUUAAAGGUGGAGAAUGCACCAAUUGUAAACAGAUUUGACUACGUGCAGUGUCGGAAGCUCAAUAUUGAACAAGUUCUUGACCAGAUUUUACGAAUGCCUCCAGAAAGGAACCGUAUCAUUUAUCUCCGGCCAAUGCAACAGAUCGAUACUUUAAAACUGGAAAGGAACAUAUUUAGUGGACCAUAUCCUUAUCACAUUUGUAUUAUUCAUGAGUUUAGCAACCCACCAAAUGUGCGAAACAAGGUUCGCAUUCGUAGUUGGAUGGACACAAUAGCAAAUAUUAAUCAGGAAUUGAUCAAGUAUGAGUUCUUUCCAGAAGCCACUCGGACUGAAGAUGAUGUAAAGAAAUAUCCGAAGUACCCAUGGGGGAGGGAUAUCUACACGUUAGAGGGAACAGUAGAUGGAGCCCCUUACUUUAUGAUCACUGAUUUCCCAUGGCUUCGUUCACUGCGUACUGCAGAACCAAACAGCUAUGCAAGAUAUGACUUUGAAGAUGAUGAAAGAACUACAAUCUAUGCUCCACGGAGAAAAGGACAACUGUCAGCUGACAUUUGUAUGGAAACAAUUGGUGAGGUGAUCUCUGAACGUCGGCAGAUGAGAAGUGGUGUGUUUCCACGAGUUGUAGCUAUUUUCAUACAUUACUGUGAUGUCAGUGGAGAGCCCGUUCAUGAUGAUUAUAUCUGACUAUGCCUUCCUUGCACAUGACUGUUGAAAGGCCAGAGACGACAGCCUGCAAGAUUUGAAUUAUCAGCACUGUGUAGCUGCACUAUAUCCCAAAUACUUUUGGAAGAAAUUAUAUAAUUGUGUAUAUAAAAAAAAAAUUUGUGUACAAAUGGUUUCUGUAUAGAGAUGCUCUUAAAAGAAUUAGCUUCCUGAAGCAGUAUCAUUUCAUAUGUUUAUACAAUUGAAUUCAUUUAAUGUUAUUGAUAGGGAAUAUAAAUAGAAUUUAAAAAGAAGCUAUUUAUAUCCCCAACUUAUACAAUUACUAAGAUGAACAUUUUUGAUAUUUUGUUACAAAACAGGUGCAAAUGUUUAAAAAAAAAUUUAACCAACGCCAUAUUCUUUGGCAUAUUUCAUAGCCCAGUAAAGAAGUGACUUAACUCAAUGAAUUUUCUUUGGUACUAUGUGCCUUUUCCCCUUAAAUUACACUUUUGAAUGUGUUAAUGAAGAAAAGAGGAAAAACAAGAACUUUGUGUGGAUUUCCUUUUAUACUAUAUAUAUACAUAUAUAUCUAAUUUGAACAUUAUAUUCAUGCCUUGUUAUGAGGCAUUUGCCCUGAUUGGGAAUAGUCUAAUAACUAAAAAUAGCUUUUUAUUAUACAAUGACAUGCAUUUUGUUGUGCACUGCUUCCAAGGAACA